AUGUCACCACAAAAAGGUGACAACAGCACUCAUAUACAAGGCAAUGACUGGUCAAUGCUAAACGAUGAGGCAGAAUCCACAGUGAUACACCAUCUCCAGCAAGAUCUGGAUCAUAAUUCACCGGCUACUGCUCUAGAUCAAUGCAAUUUGUUAUCUGAUCUCAGCAGAUACAGGAAAUCAUCAAGUACGAUCCAUAGGAAUUACGUUACAUCAUCAACUACAUUUGGUGGUUCUUUUACGGAUUAUUCCAGUGACUCGUCGCCGUCGCUUUCACCUAAUUCAAAUGCCAGAUUAUCAAACUCAUUUGCAUCUUCUUCAUUAACAUCGCUGGAUCUGGCUGACUUGAUCUCAUUUCACAAUGAUAAAAGCAGGACAUCACAGUAUCGGAAUCAGGUACUAAACAGACUGCCCAAACGCAUAUUUGGACGCCGAUUUUCCGCAUUUUCCAGGCAGAUUAUGGCAUUUCUGCGUAAUUAUAUAGCAGAGGAAAGUGCACUUAAUUGCAAAAUAGAAUCAUCACUUGACCGCUUCAAGUUUGAGGUCAUUGCAUCCAAUCAGAUGCAUUCUACCGCUGGUGCUGGCACCGGCUGUGAAAAUGUGCAUUGUGAUGAUACUGCUAAAACGCCAUUUACCACUUUCACCAUAGAUCUUAAUUCGAUACCAUACUAUCCGUUAGUUCACUCGUUAAAGCCUGUGAUUCUGUCUGUUGGCUUAUUCUUCUACAUAGUGCGAAACCGCCGGUUCAUAUCCAGUGAAAACAUGAAGAUCUGCAUUCUGCUUUGUCUCUACAUCUUGAGUGUUAACAUCAACACCAGGCGGAUAGCGAUUUCCGUGUAUUUGCAGAUGCUAACCAACAGAAUCGGCCAGUUUUUGACCACUUCGGACAGUUUUGAUACCACAGUUUUGCGGGCGCUUCAUACACAUGGAGUAUCCAAGUCCAAGGUUCGAAAAGGCACGCUUCAGCGGCUAUAUGGUGUGAAAAAACAGCUUGUAAGAAGCCCAGGUGCGACAUAUUUCCAACUUAGAAAUGCACUCAGCACGGUUAUCCUCUGUUUGAACAGCAAGCUGGUCCAUAUAUUGCCGCUCAUAGAUGAUUAUGGUCAGCUAUCCAAGUAUUUGCAACUUUACAACGCCAAUAUUGACGAUCGGGCCGGCCUGUUUGUCAAGUUACUUAAUCGUCCGUCCCAUUUUUAUCAGACAACUUCUUAUUCAAAAUCCAGCCAGUUAAAACCCCUCAGACUACACUCUCUCAACUGUGCAGACCUGCUGUAUGGGGAUAUAUAUGCACAGAAAGAGUUGUUGGAUUCACCUUUAUCUUUAUCAAGUGAAUCAUGCAAUUCAAAGCAUGACCUGGAUGCUCCACUGCCCGAUACUAAAAGGGAUCGCCUUUCCGGUAUGUGGGCAGCACAAAGCUCACCAAGACAAUCUAUGGCAUUCAGAUUUCCUCGCCGUUCGGCUUCUGUUCGAUCAUCUUUGGACAAUUCUGCCAAUUGUGCCAAUACGGAGCAAAAAACGGAGAAUUGCUCACCAAAUUGUCUCUCUGGACAGCCUUCAAAGUUAAUGCAGCAGUUUCGCUUCCUGAGGAGGAUAUAUUUGUGCAGUCUUCUGUGUUUUGUCAUCACCUCAAGGCAUCAACUAGAAGAUUCUGCAGAUGCUGUGAUGCUUUUUCGUGCCUCCUGCAUCAGCCAUUUCGGGUUGGAUGAGAGCAGAUUCCGCCACUUGAGCAAAGUGAGCCGGGUUUUCCUCUCGAUAAAGCUUCUUGAACAAUCCAGAGCACUACUGCAAUGCAUCUCGGAUGAAUUACGUGACAAUAAUCCAGCCAGUCUGGAUGAAGAAGAUUCUGAUAAGGAAAAUGUAGGAUUCGGAUCAUUUUCUGGGGCAAAUAAUACAAUACUGGAGGAAGAUGAAGAAGAUGAGCACACUGAGCGCUUAUCGGAUCUCGAGGUUUUACUAGAUAGUUUAUCGACGAAAAUUGGUGCUUUGAAGAUCAACAUAGAUGCAUCGAACCAACAACGGCGUUUAGAAAAUCUACAGGAUGAAUUUCAGCAGGCGAUGCAGAAAUAUUCAAUAUGCUGUGAGGAUUUUGCAAAGCCAAACAUGAAACAGGAAAUUUCGCAGAACCAGUUUCCAGAGAUCAGCGAUCGACACAGCCGGGGACUUAGCAUUAGUUUGCUUGCGGUUGCUAAAGGUGAGGAAGACCAGCGUGAUGAUUACGAGGAAUGA